AUGUUCUUGUUGACGAUUUCGUGGUCCAACUUCAAGAAGCCGUUUUUGAUGGCCUGGUCGAUGGUGGCGCUGUUGGGCACAUAUCUCAAGUUGUCCUCGUUGGCCGGUUUGAAGAUGGUGCCCAACUCGUGGAUGAUGUACAGAAUCAAUUGGUCUCGCAACUUGGACGACGUGGUCCAGCCGCCGUGGCCGUCAAACACGCCCAAAAAACAUCCAGUCCGUGCUGGUUUUGAUGUUGUUGUCCUGCAAGAUCGGCACCUGGACGAUUUCCUCGGCACGGUCGUCCUCGAUGGGCGAGUUGGAAGGAAGCUGGCAAAUGUCGUACCGGGCGACGCCUUUGCCCCGGUUCACGUAGUACGACUCUUCAAACUGCCUGAGCUUGUUGCUCACCUGCUCGUCGUUCAAAAGGAACACGCCUUCCUUGUGUUGCUGCGCCCCAAGCCCGUUUUUCUGGAGCAUGGAGCUGGUGGUGGACGAAAAAUACUUGGAGUCCAAGACUUCGCCUGCCUUGGGCGCCUGUUUCGGCACGUUGCCGCCGCCCAACGACGACGGAACACUAUCCAACUUGUAGUAGUUGGUGUGGCUGAGAGUCACAUAGGAGCCAACAAUGAUCACGCCAGACACGAGAGCCACGUUUUUCCGGCCAAAGAGCCGAGACGUUUUCUUGGCCGCUGGCGUGCUGAGCAAGCGUCUGCAAGUGGGAAGGUGCUUGGAGGCAACGUAUAUUAG